GUGCAGAGCAAGUUCGUGCAAUAUUUCUUCGUGGGUAAACUGCUUUCGUUCUUGCCCUCUUCGCGAAACGCUUGAUCUUGAUGCACUACACUAGCUAGUACUUACGCCAUGUAAAAGUGAGAUAGAUUUUACACGAGUCGCAUGGUUGCGAAGCAAGUUAUCCUGUCCAUAGGCUACUGUAAACUUCUAAAGUAUGGUGGAUGGCGAACAAUGAGGUGGUUCGACCUGCACGACGUGUCACCCAACUCGGGGAAAGCGAUCCGACCGCUGACAUUCGGAACAAUUAUCAGCGAACGUCCACAGGCUUUGCACCCUGCACAUUACCCCAGCUUUCCGAACUGCGAUGCGCGAUCUUCGGAGAAUGAUCGCGCGAUAACUUUUAUAUUUCUCACUCUGCCUAUAUCAGCGCCCUUUGGAGCUUAUCGAAGAAUAGAUCGCGUGUAGUAACAAUGUCGAAAGUGCUUGACUACAAGGAAGUAUCGACCCACAGAUCCGCAGACUCGUGCUGGGUAAUCCUGUACGGUAAAGUGUACGACGUCACCUCAUUUCUAUCGAGUCACCCCGGUGGCUCCAAAGUUAUCCUCCGACUCGCUGGCACCGAUGCCACGGAGGAAUACGAUCCGAUACACCCUCCAGGCACGCUUGAGGAUGCUUUGCCCGCCUCAGCAUGUCUGGGUACGGUAGAUGAAGCCACAUUGCCGAAGGCAGAGAAAGCGCCUGCACGCAACGAAAUAGACGAGGAGAGAUUGCCGACGCUGGAAGAGUGCCUGAAUUUGGAUGACAUAGAGGCAUUGGCGACCAGAAAGAUUUCUAAAAAAGCUUGGGCAUACUACUUUUCCGCCGCCGAUGACCUAUUUUCCAAGUCUUUCAACAAUACCGCAUACCGCAAGAUCCUGCUACGACCCCGCGUGUUUGUCGAUUGCGUCAAAUGCGAUACAUCCACCACAUUCCUUGGACACAGGGUUGGGUUGCCAAUAUAUGUCUCGCCUGCCGCCAUGGCGCGGCUGGGUCAUCCGGAUGGCGAACAUGGCAUAGCAAAGGCAUGUGCAAAGUACGGCGCUAUGCAGCUCAUCUCGAACAAUGCGAGUCAGCGGCCAGAAGAGAUUGUCGCCGGAGCAGGGCCGGACCAGAUCUUUGGCUGGCAACUGUACGUCCAGGACGAGCGCCAAAAGUCCGAGAAGAUGCUGCAGAGAAUCAACAAACUUCACAGCAUCAAAUUUGUUUGUCUAACUCUGGAUGCGCCCGUUCCGGGGAAACGCGAGCACGAUGAGCGAGAGGGAAUGAACAUAGCGGCGAAGUUGCCGGUGACUUCGGCCGUCAGAAACGAAGCGGACUACGACGCCGAGGGUCUGGGUUCGUCGUCAGGACCGGUGGGAAAAGCAAUGUUCGCUGGCACGGCCGCCGACUUGACUUGGAAGAACACCAUGCCAUGGCUAGCCCGGCAUACGAAGCUGCCCAUCGUGCUGAAGGGCAUUCAGACGCACGAGGACGCGUACCUAGCCUCGUUACAUUUCCCACAAGUUCGCGCCAUCAUUCUCAGCAAUCACGGCGGACGAGCCAUGGACACCGCUCCACCAGCCGUGCACACCUUGAUGGAGAUCAGAAAAUACUGCCCCGAAGUGUUCGAGAAGCUCGAGGUGUGGGUGGACGGGGGAAUCAAGAGGGGAACGGAUGUAGUCAAGGCUCUGGCGUUGGGUGCAAAGGGCGUCGGAAUCGGACGCGCUCCUUUGUUCGGGCUCGGCGCAGGGGGCACGGCGGGAGUGGAACGGGUGCUCAACAUCUUGAAGGCGGAGACGGAGACGGCCAUGAGACUGUUGGGCGUCGAGAAGGUCGAGGAGCUGGGCAUGCGCCAUAUCAACGCGCGAGCGUUAGAGGGCGAGAUCUACGACGGCCCUGCAGGCUUGUCUGCAGACUAUUUGGGAAAGAUUCAAUCGAAGCUGUAGCUUAAAGAAGCGUUCUGCGCUGGAGCCAACAUGCAAAGACGUGGAACAGUUCAUUCGCAACACGCUAAUCUGAUCGACCACCUGGCUGAUUUCAUGAGGCAGGCUAGUGGGUCUGCGGAUUCAAUUUUGAUUGCGGCUGUCUUGACUCUGUGCUCUUUGUCGCGCGCAGGACCAAUCUUUGUAGGUAUAAUCUCAGCUUGAAAUGCUGCUUGCCUAUGCGGCUUUGUGGAACCACACGUGAUAGAUCGGUCGAACAAUCUCAGCUCGUUCGGAUACGGUUCGAACACAAAUGAUUCUAUUUUUGAUGAACAUCUACGGCGGCCUCAAUGAAGACUUUCUGCCUAUGAUCGUCUGGAUAGAUCGAGUGCAGAUCAGAUGCAGUUCAUCAGGCAUUGAUCGCUGAAGCUUUGACUAGCGAGGAUGGAAUGGAUCUGCGAACGGAGAGGAUGGAAUGGAUCUGCGAACGGA